AUGAGCCCACACCAUCAACUAUCCCGACCAUUUCCACCAUCACCACCGCAUGUGAUGCCAUCAUCCGACCCAUACCAUCCCUCACAUCAUUCUGGUAUAACCCGAGACGAUCUCCUUUUAUCUAUCCAGCUCCAGGUUGAGAUCCUGUGCCGAAGGAUCUACGACCUUGAGAAGGAGUCUGACGCUAGACAGCCACCCCCACCAGACUACCCACCGCCAGUCACACCACCACCACCAUCUUCACCACCACUAGCAUCUCCACCACCACCAGCAUCACCACCACAACCUGCCCACAUACCAGCCGAAGGCUUAGCUGCUCGAGUCCUGAAACUUGAGCAGCAGGUCCAGAUUUUAGGUGAUGACGCGGAAUAUGGUAUGCCGUGGGAUGAUUUGAAGGAAAGAAUGAGGGAAAAAUGUUGUUCGUAUGAAGAAGCUAUCAUUGAAAUCACCGAGAAAGUUGAAACACAUGCUGAGUUGUCCGGUGAUAAGAAAAGAAAACAUUCAACUCUAAAGCAAGCAAUCCGCAACAACAACAACAACUCCAACAAUAACAAGAAACGUGACACUAACCCGCCUAAGGAGGCGAAAACAUUUGCGGCUGCAAAUGAUACGGGAGUUAAGAGGUACCAGGGCACUCUGCCCAAAUGUGACAAGUGUAAGUAUCAUCAUGUGGGAGCUUGUCGAAUUGCGAGGUGCGAUAAAUGUGGGAAAUUGGGUCACCGUACUGAGGACUGUUGGGGAAAAGGAAAUGGAGGUGGUAAUGGGAAUGGUAAUGGAAACAGAAAUGGUAAUGGUGCUGGAAAUGGGAACGCUGCUGGAAAUGGGAACGGUAAUGGUAAUGGCAACGGUGCUGGUAAUUGA